ACAGUGUAUUAAGUAGUUUGUUUGAUAGUUGUUAUAGUACAAUAAAUCACUAAAAUAUCGAAGUGCCUUCGGAGGGGAAUGUUGUGUAUUACAAUUGUAAACAAAGCGUAAAGAUCCGACAUACACACUUACUCAAAAUGCAGAGCCAAUCGUCUGUGAUGGAGCAGCAGCUGGAAAAGCUUUACUUUGUGCUUCGCGCGGAGUACACCACGAAAGAUGAUGCUGCCGAGGACAUGCAGAGCGCCCAUUCGACUGCCCGGGACCAUAGCGAAAAGCUGACGGAGUGGAUUACCGAAGCCGAUUGCAUGAAGCUGGACGAUGAACGGCUCACGAAAAAACAUGUAUUUGUGUUCGAAAAGUUCUCCGGGGCGGCGUUCGAGCGAGUGAAGAAAUUUCCUUCGACCAUCAUCGGUCCACGGUGCCUCAUCAGUUGCUUCAUGAGCAUCGAAACGAUUCCACUCGGUGUACACCCGGUGUAUACGACGGCCAUGCGUAACCUAACCGUGUGCAGUUCCGGUUUGAAGGCAAAGGAAAAGGCCACCAUCAGUCAGCUCGUGUUCUACAUGGGCGGAUACUACCUCGACGUGCUGAACCUAAGCUGCACCCAUCUCGUCUCGUCCACGGUGGAGUCGGUCAAGUACGAAAAGGCGGCGGAAAUCAAGCUACCCAUCAUGCACCCGGACUGGGUUCACCGCGUGUGGGAGGAAAGCCAGCAGCGCUACGUGCACGCAACGGACGAGUGCUACAUGAAGCGCCACCGGUUACCCGUGUUCCACUCGCUCACAAUCACUUCGACCGGGCUGACGGCGGCGAAGAAAAACGAAAUCAAAACGUUAAUCGAAGCGAACGGAGGCGUUUACUCGGGCGCGUUCAAGUCGGAGGUGACAAACAUUCUGAUCCUGGAGAAGAGUAGUAUCGGAUCGGCUAAAUUUCAGGGCGCAGUCAAGUCCAAAAAGGAUUGCCUUUCGCCCGAGUGGAUCGUGGACAGUGUGGCCAGUGGGUACGCACUUCCCCUGCGGCAGUAUGAGGUAAAAAGUAUGAAAGCUUCCACGCCGACCAAAACUGGAGAAUGCACGACGACGACGGCGGAUGGUGGUGAUGGGGCGCAGGGUAUUGGGGGCCGAAUUUCGGGCGGUGAGUUCAAUCCCGACUGUACGCAACUAUCGGAAAUCUCGCACGCAAACUUCUCCGCACGCAAUGUUACGAUCAACGAGAGCAUUAUAUCGUGCGGAAGUGCCGUGGAUGGUUUCCCUGUUGGCUCUACCAUGUCCGCUGGCGCACGGCCUUGCUCUCAGCGGUACCGGGAAUUCCUUUCCCGCAUGACGGUGCAGCAGGCUAAAAAGGCUGGCCCCUUGCUCGACGGGUGCAAUGUGUUUUUGAGUGGAUUCACCACGGAAGAGAAGGAAAAGUUGAACAAAAUCCUAAACGCCGUCGGUGCGGUUCGAUACGAUGAAAUAUCCGCGACCGUCAGUCACGUCAUCGUCGGCGAACAGAACGUGUCCGAUUUGGCUCAACUGCGUGAUUCGGCGGCACAUUUACUUACCCUGGAAUGGUUGGCUAAAUCGAUCGAGUUGCAGCAACUAGCUCCCGAGGACGCGCCAGAAUAUGCGUUCCGCCCCUCCAACAGAGGGCUUCACGAACGUGCACCCGAACCACCGUCACCGUCGAGUAAGAAAAACCUUCAACGUAUGAAUAGUAGCGUAUUUAAGCGCCCUGAGGUGCCAAAGCUAAAGCUUGACAUGGAAACCAAUGUGCCCGCGAAGGUUCCGGAUAAUCGCCCCAGCCAGGAGGACUCGAUCAUGCUUCAGUACAUGGAGAAAAACUUGGCCGAAAGGCUUCCACAAACCACGACGGAAGCUGGUCCGACGUCAUCCGGAAAACAGCAGCAACAGCAACAACCCGUACCGAACGUGACCUCCACCACGGCGAACGCAGCGACUAGUCAGACGGACUCGGAACUGGAAUCACAGUACACGGAGUUUAUGCUCGGGAAGACACUGUUCGUGUUUGGAUUUUCCGAUGAGGACGCCGUUCAGAUCAUCACCGACGUUAAGUACUGCGGGGGAACGAUCGUGGACGAGACGUACAGCGACGAGGUGGACUACAUCGUCCUACCGACGUCCUGCAUCGGAAGGCCCGACUUCCAGGUGAAAGGCCGCGAAACGGUCAACUGUAUUUGGCUGGAAACGUGCGUCCAGGAUGGCCAGUGCUACCCGAUGGAGUACUACUUCGAGCCGAUCCCGUACGGCGAAGAUGAUCCGCGUCCUUUGGAAGGCGAAACGAUCGUGAUUAGCUCGUACUCUGGUCCGGAACGAAAUUUCCUGAUCGCGAUGGGAGGUAUGUUGGGCGCGUCGGUACAGGAACGGCUUGUCCGUAAGGCGGCCCCACUGUUGGUGUGCAAGGAACCGAGUGGAGCAAAGUACGACGCCGCCAUUCAGUGGGAUUUGACGGUGGUGCGUGCGGAAUGGCUUCGAGAGUGCGCCCGCACGAAGCGUCGCGUUGCGGAGGGACCGUUUUUGGUGGGUGAUUCCAUUUGCUCGGGGAAAAACAUUCCUACCGGUGCGGGGAUGAACGCCGGUUGCCUUCCGACAACCUCCACCGACGAUGUGGACAUUGAGUCGGUACGUGAGGAACCGACUAAAGGGCCAGUUGCGGAUGAUGUAUCGAUGCACCCGCAAGCUUCGUCAACGAUGAAACCACGUCCCAAGCCAUCCGGGGGUGAGUACCGGUACAUCUUGGAGCAAAAGACACGCGAAGAGACGGAUUUGCAGUACGGAUUCAAUCGACUUUCCACGCCGGAGAUGAAAAAAAUGAGUAGCGAUGAGCGGAUGAUCUACUCUCAGGAACUCGACAAGUACGAGGAGCUCGUCGUAGCGCAGCGAACCCAACGGAAACCUUUCAAUCCGAACGAGGGCACCAACCCGACGCCAGCCGUAACCGGUGCUAUGGACUCACCGAUCGUACCGAGAAACCGACGUUUUUCCGCUCUAACCGGUGCAUCAUCUUCACGGUCACCAGCAACACCGGGCAGUGGCGCGGGACCUAAUACAAGUGCCAAUACAACCCCACUCGGUGCAAUCGCUGGUGAAUACGAGGCGUUAAGCGUUACCCAACGGGUGGCCGAUUUCGAAACACCUGUCCGCGAAGUGCUUUACCGUGCGCUCAAGGAGGAAGAGGAAAAGGAACGCAAUGCUUCGCCACGAACCCGGCGCAUGAAGGAACUGCUCGCUACCCCGCACGGUCCGGCGGGUGCCACCGAUGGUCACAUCCGUACACCAACCCUUCCGGAGUGCAUGACGAAACCGGUCACUCCGUACGGCUUUCGACCGGACGCAAGUCCCGAAAACCACGCUUUCCACAAGCGAAAGCUGCAGCACUGGGAUCGAUUCCAUAAGCCACCAACCGCGGGGAGUAGCGGCAGCGGGGAAACGGCCUCCCAAAAGGAGCGUCGGAUGAGCACACCGUUGAGUGAAAUUAAGCGACGAUUUUGGCGUGAAAAUUUCGGCGACGAGUACGUGGACCACAUCGAGUCAAAGUACACGACGCAGACUAACGUGCAGUCGUUAAACCGUUCCGCGAGGGAGGAGGAGGAGGAGGAGGUUGCCGGCACGCAACAGCAAGCGACAAGGAAAGAUCCAUCGCCUUCCGGGGUAGACAAGGGUCGACCGGCGAGUGGAACGGAUACUGCUCCUAGUACCUCCCGCACAUCUCGAAGCUCCACGCACGAUCGUGGAAAUGUGAGCGGGGAAAAAAGAUCGCGCAGCGAAUUGGAAGACGACGAUGGCGAAGGGAACGACAAUACCGGGGACGGCAGUAACGAAAGCAGCUCCCUCGCCGCUGGACAAAAAGUGCCCGACGAAACCGAUGGACCGGUGGCGAAGAAACCUUUGCUUAAUGGAACCGAAGAUGUGGCUAUCAAGAGGUUAAGCGAUUUUAUUUCGGCCGCCCGCGAAUCGGCCAAGAAGAAGGCGAGAAAUUACGUACCACCGGAGCAAUUUUUAACCGAGCCGGAAAUUUACGAUUCUGAACAAAAUGUUGGUGUCGGUGGUGUCAUAUGGCGUGAUCCGGAUGUCGAAAACUUCCAGCUUAACAAAGCGGCAUCAUCCCCCAAACGGUACGCGAAGGACGCCGUCUUUGCCAUCUCGGGCGUGCAGGAUGACAUGCGGGUGGCGUUGGCGAAGAAAAUCGAGCAACUGAAGGGCCGGUUAGCGUCCGACCCGAACCGCUACGAUCCGGCUUGCACGCACAUCGUGUGCGGCAAACCGAACCGUGGCGAAAAGAUGCUGUCCGGGAUGGCGGCCGGCAAGUGGAUACUCUCUACCAAGUACCUGGACGAUAGCUACGAGGCGGGGUAUUUUUUGGAUGAAGAAAACUACGAGUGGGGCAACCCGAAGGCGGCCAAAAAUCUCACCAAGCUAACCACAGCGGGUGAGCUUGAGGCGGCCACCGGGGCCUACACCUGGCGCAAGCGCAUAGCAACGGACAGCAGUAAGCACGAUGGAGCUUUCACCGGUUUCCGGGUGCUGCUGGUGGUUCCCAAGAAGGAACAGUUCGUGACCCUUUUGCAGUCCGGUGGGGGAACCGUGGUUGACUGCAACCCACCGUUCAUCAACUCCGAUCGUGCGAUGACCGCGACGCAUUGCUUUGUCGAUCGAAAGAUGAAACUGACGAGCGAAGAUCAUCGGGCACUGGCCGAAGCCGGCAUUGCGGUCCUGUCGAUAAUGUAUCUGAAUGCGUACCUCACCUCGGAAAAACUACCCGAUCCGAACAAUUUUCAGUUGCCAAUGUAGAUCCGAUGGGGAGUUGAUUUUCACGCACAUAACCAGGAUUCCGGUUGAAUGAUUUGAUAUUAAGGUUUUUUGUAUUUGCUUCCGUUUUUUCCUACUGUAAAUACACUCGUUCAUUGUUCUUCUAACUGUUGUGUUUGCUAUCAGAU